UGAUUAAAGGAAAUACAACGGAAUUAAAAUAUAAAAAAUAUUUUCGUGAGUAAGACCUGAAAACCGAAGGGGCUCCAAGUUCGUGGAGAAACAACGCUCGGCCGAGGGAACCGAAAUAGCGAGUCGCCGCCGGUACAGCAUCCGUCUGCUCCCUCCGUCGUCGUUCGUCAUGGCAGUUUUUGGAGUCCAGCUUGUUGUGACAAUGGUCAUGGCCAGUGUCUUGUCAAGAAUAACUCCUCAUUAUUCCUUGGCACGAUUUCUCUUGUGUCGAACUGGUCUAAUGUAUUAUUUACACCCAACGGACGAAGAGCUGAGAAGCCUUGCAGGAAUACCCAAAGACAAAGGAAAGAAGGGAAAAGGAGGAGGCAAAGGUAAUGCAAAGUCAAAUAGUAGUUCAGGAAACUCAGAGGAUGAUGGGACCUUCACAGUACCUCGCAGCCUUGAUUUGAAUCUAGAAAAGUCUCGCAUGGUUCCAGGGGAAGUGAUGCAGCUGAAGUUCUACACUGAAUAUCAGUGGCUUCUUGACUUCUCUCUGUGUGCUGCCCUGGUAUAUGUGGCUACUGAGAUAUUUCUUGCUGUUACUCCACCAAAAGGGGAAGUGAACUUGAGUAUGCUGUGGUGUCUUCUUGCUGUUGGAUUUUCACUAAAGAUUAUGUUCACUCUUUCAAUGUUAUAUUUCCGGGGUGAGGAUUCUGGAGGAGAAAAGGCAAUGGUGGUGCUCUCCUUCUUCACGUACCUACUUAUUGCACUAGGGAUGCUCAUUCUUGAUGAAAAUAAGCUAGAACUGGGGUUGGACAUGGCCUAUUCUUCAUUCAACUCCAGUGCUGCAGCUUUCUUAAAGGCCCAAGGAUUACCUUCAGAUGGUCCAGCAUCCAAGGUCACCUUCAAGAUUAUUUUGGCGAUGCUGUGUGCUUUGAUUGGUGCCUUCUUCACCUUCCCAGGACUUAGACUUGGAAAAAUGCACUGGGAUUCUCUGAGGUAUGUGGUUGAAUCUCACAGUUUUCUGAGAUGUGCAAAGUAUGUGAUUACCCCAUAGGGUAAGAGAGAGAGAGAGAGAGAGAGAAAUGGAUAGAUAUAUAGAGAGAGAGAGAGAGGAAGGGAUACAGAGAGCGAGAGAGAAAGGGACAGAGAGAGCGAGAGAGAGAAAAGGACAGAGAGAGCGACAAAGAAAGGGACAGAGUGAACAAGAGAGAAAGGGACAGAGAGAGCGAGAGAGGAAGGGACAGAGAGAGCGAUAGAGGAAGGGACAGAGAGAGCGAGAGAGGAAGGGACAGAGAGAGUGAGAGAGGAAGGGACAAAGAGAGCGAGAGACAAAGGGACAGAGAGAGUGAGAGAGGAAGGGACAGAGAGAGCGAGAGAGGAAGGGACAGAGAGAGGGACAGAGAGAGCGAGAGAGAAAAGGACAGAGAGAGCGAGAGAGGAAGGGACAGAGAGAGCGAGAGAGGAAGGGACAGAGAGAGCGAGAGAGAAAAGGACAGAGAGAGCAAGAGAGGAAGGGAAAGAGAGAGCGAGAAAGGAAGGGACAGAGAGAGCGAGAGAGGAAGGGACAGAGAGAGCGAGAGAGGAAGGGACAGAGAGAGGGACAGAGAGAGCGAGAGAGAAAAUGACAGAGAGAGCGAGAGAGGAAGGGAAAGAGAGAGCGAGAGAGGAAGGGAAAGAGAGAGCGAGAGAGGAAGGGACAGAGAGAGCGAGAGAGGAAGCGACAGAGAGAGCGAGAGAGGAAGGGACAGAGAGAG